CCUAGCGCAUACCACUGCGUUUUACGCCAUACAACGCAGUCGCCGACCUCUGCGUUCAUCAAAUCGCUGUUCGUUCGACCAUCACUGUGCGUCGUGCGAAUGAAUGCGAUAUAGGAAAGUCCUAGACAGAGGAAAUUUGUGUGCCAGCAAAUAUUUUAAAACUUGUCCAUAUUCAAUAUAACAGAAAUAACAAUGUCGGACAAAGUCGCAUACCGAUAUCUGAGCUUCUCCAAUAUGGAAGACUACAAUUUAAUAAAUAUCGUGCAACAACAUCGCAUUCUCUACGAUAUCAACCAUAAAGAUCACAGAGAUUUUGGACUAAGGGCGAAGUUAUGGAACGAUAUUGCUGAGAAAAUGGAUAGAAGUGUUGAAGAAUGCAAGAGGAGAUGGCGUAAUAUGAAGGAUACGUAUUUCAGGUUCAAGAGAAAAAACCUGAAAUCAUCUUGGAUACUGGCAAAACGUUUGAAGUUCCUAGAUUCAGCUGGAAGAAAUAUGAGAAGGAUCGAAAAUAAUUCCAAAGUUGAAGAGAUGCCAGUUGCUGCAGAUGAAGAUCUAACACAGUCUCAUCAUGAACUGGAUUCAUUAAAACCAGAUCCAUAUCCUUACGAGCUUAGUUCAAACUCUGACAAAAUAAAUAAUUCUGAUUCUUUGAGGGACAAUAAUUUUAUCAAAUUGAUUGAACAGAAACAGGAAGAACAAGACCUCGUGAAAACUGAUCCCAUUUUCGCUUUCUUCCAUAGUAUGGCAUUAUCUGUGAAAAAGAUGCCUCCAGAAUUGGUAGCUGAGGCCAAAGUUAAGAUUUGUGAGCUUGUAGGAAGUUUAGAACUGAGAGCAAUCCGUAUGGAGCACCCAAUAGACGCCAGCAAUUUGAAGGAAGAAGUAGAAGAAAUCAGUAUUUACGAAAAUCGGUAGAGCUCACUAAAAUUAUGCAAUAGAACAAAAUAUAUGAAAGGAUAUUAAAUUGAA